UUAUUUUUGACAUUGUCUUUUUGUAUAUUCCCCUCGUUCUCCUCCUGUGAGCUCCGGCCUGAUCAAGGAUGUGCAGUGCUCAUCUUCGCUCCAAGCGACUGGAUCGGACGCGCGAAGAGACAUUCUCGGAUCAGCUGCCGAGAGAAGUGAUUUAGGGCAAGUGAUGGUAUCUUCGCCUUCCACUGAGUGCGAACAGAUAUGAGGAUGGUCGAAUACGAAGUACCAUUUUGCCCCGGAAGCCGCACAGAACAUCGUCGCGUCGUCACUCUGUGAUGUUAGCAAGGAUCGUAAUUGACCGAACCAGCCCGAUCCGGGUCAGCCCGAGUCGGAGCCACAUUCUAGCAAGUAUAAUGCAGGUCGGAGAAGGCCGGGAUGCACUCCACCCUCUUUUGCUUUUCCCGCUCCCAUGAAUCUGCAGCUCCGAUCGAGACCGCUGUCUGGGCUCGCUUUUCCCCGCGUCAGAUCGACGCGCUCAUCGAGCCACCGCCAAUUCGGAUCCUCCUCCGUCCUCCAAAAACAGCGACUUUUGAUCGUGGGUUCUGUGCCUCGUGGCGAUGGACAGGAUGGGGUGGAUAUGGUGUGCUGCGAGGGGUGGACAAGAAACGCUGGGACGUCACCGUCGUGUCCCCGAACCUCUACUUCAACUUCACCCCACUGCUCGCGGGCUGUGCGGUCGGGACGCUCGAAUUCCGGUGCGCUAUUGAGCCUGUCCGAAAAUACACCCCGCAAGUGGUCGCCUACCAAGGGCGGUGCGACAGAAUAGAUUUUGAGAAACGGAUAGUGGAAUGCACCCCUGCGACCCCCGCGCCGGCGUUGAGUCAGGGUCCUCCGGUCCCGUUUACCCUGCGUUGGGACAAGAUUGUGUUGGCGGCAGGAGCGUAUUCUCAAACUUUCGGAGUCCCGGGAGUCAAAGAGCACGCCCAUUUCCUGAAAGACAUUAGGGAUGCUCGCGCUAUCCGAAUGCGUAUUCUAGAAUGUUUUGAGCAGGCUGCGCAGCCUACCAUGUCCGAUAUCGAUCGCAGGCAUCUGCUCAACUUCUGCAUCGUCGGCGGGGGACCUACCGGCGUGGAGUUCGCUUCCGAGCUGCACGAUCUUCUCCACGCUGAAAUGGCGGCCCACUACCCGGUGUUGGUAAAAUUGGCGAAGAUCACUCUCUAUGAUGUUGCCCCGAGCAUUCUGGGCAGUUUCGAUCGGAAUCUCGUCGACUACGCGGAGGACCGAUUCACCCGUGAGGGGAUCAGCAUUCUAACCUCGCAUCAUGUCGAGCGUGUAGAAGCGGGGAAGAUGUUCGUGAAAGAACGAGGCGAAGUUCCGUUCGGGCUCUUGGUCUGGAGCACGGGGCUAGCACCCAACCCAUUGAUUGAGUCCAUAACAGAGUUCAAGAAGGACCCGAGAACUAAAAGUGUUUUGACGGACGAGAAUUUGAAUUUAAUCCGACUGGAUGGUACCCCAGACCCAAACGUCUGGGGUAUCGGUGAUUGUGCACAAAUCGAGGGCGCGAUUCUCCCGGCGACGGCGCAAGUUGCAAGCCAAAAGGCGAAAUAUGUGGUCAAAAAAGUCAACAAGCUCGCGAAAGAGAAAACCUCCCCCGAGCCGUUCAAAUUCGAGAACCAGGGAAGCUUGGCGUACAUCGGAGACUGGCGUGCGAUCUACGACAGCCCGAGUCAAGACAAAGACCACAUCCUCUCUCGGGCCGAGACGGGAAGAGUGGCGUGGCUGCUGUGGCGAUCAGCAUAUUUCACGAUGACGCUGUCUUGGCGGAACAAAAUUCUGGUUCCGAUGUACUGGUUCAUGAACUGGAUCUUUGGUCGUGACAUCACGCGAUUCUGAGAAUCGGC